AUGGCAGACGGCAGAUGGGCGUACGCCAUACGUAUUCUAGCCAGCAAGGCCUACUAUUUUGAAUUCGAUGAGCCAGCAGGUUUAUCCCUGCUAAACAUCCAGGCGCAUGACGGCUUGCCUCCGGACUACUCCGGAUUACUCGUUCGCUCUAUCCCGUUUGGGCUAAACUACGCAAACACCGAUGGUCGAAUCGGAGACCCCUUACUGCAUGUUGAUUACGAGGAUGAUGAUGAUGAUGAUGAUGAUGACGAUGAUGAUAAGGAAACAGAACCCACCGAUUCAUUUUUGGGCCGAAAUAUCAUGUCAAUCCGAGCGUGUGGCUUGUGUAUGCAUAAUAUUUUGCAUGUGCGUGUGAAGAUAGUACGCUGUGUAGCAACCACUGUGGUGGAUCGAUGCUCGAGUGUUCGUUGUCAUUAA